AUGUAUCGUGGGCUGCGUCAACCUGAACGUCGUAUUAUAGCCAAGCGGCUGCAGUACAACGAGAAUCAACCGUCGUCUUCAGGUGAAAUCGAACUUGGAAUCUUUUCAUCAUUCGCUUUUAUACCGAAAGGAAGUCUCCACAAUAAUCUGGUGAUAAGUCCCCAGACUACAGCUCGUCCUGUAACGCGGGCCGGCGGAUCUCGGCCUCCUCUUCACCAGGAAAUCGACGCGAUGACACGGAAUCGUGGUCUGGCCAGUAAAAGCCAAAUACGCGGUGAAAGUACACAGGAGGAUCUUUCAAGUGAAGCGACGGUCCAAGGUCAUGGUGCAUCGUUCGGUGGAGACAGUCGGUUGCUAGGCCGUCAAGAAUUGAGGAGCUCCGGCACUAGCCAGUGGGGCACUAGCUCCCGAGAUGUUCGAGAUCCGGGGCACACACUAAUCACAGUCAGGCUGUGCCACACGACUGGUGUGACUACCAAGGCUAGACAGGCCUCUAUUAAUUCGCAUCUUUCUUGGCGUAGCCAUGUUCACAGCUCAAACCGUGCUGGGACGAAACCUGAAGUUGUCGUGAAUAGCUCCAGAUUUUAA